AUGGCUGCCAAACCUGUUGCCGCAGGAAACAAAAGAAAGGCCACGCCCAGUAGCAAAGGCAGGUCUGAUUCCAAAAAGGCUCGAGUGGAAGACGCCAAGGCUCAAGCGAAAGCUCAAGCGUCUAGCGACGAUUCGUCCGAUUCCGACUCUGAAGAUGGAGGCGUCGAGUUGAACGCUGGGGAUGAGCAAAAGCCGUUUAAAAAGACUGAUGCAGGUGCCAAUGGCAACGCAUUUGAUCGCACCGGCCUCACGUCACGAGAGUCCCACGCAAAGCAAAAGCAAUUGGCGCAGGAACGAAAAGCGGCAAAGCCCCUUGCCGACGAAGUGCAGCGCACCAAGAAGAUUUGGGAACGGCUGAGGAGAAAGUCCCACGUCCCCAAGGAGGAGCGACAAACGCUGGUGGAGGAGCUGUUUGGCAUCAUUACCGGCCGCUGCAGAGACUUUGUCCUCAAGCACGACGCCGUUCGUGCCGUGCAGACCGCUAUCAAGUAUGCCACACCGGACCAGAGAAAACAAAUUGCGAGAGAACUCGAGGGAAGCUAUGCUCAGCUUGCCGAAAGCAAGUAUGCCAAGUUUUUAAUUGGCAAGUUGCUGGUUCACAACGACGACGAAAUCCGUGAUCUCGUCAUUCCCAACUUUUACGGCAAGGUUCGAAAACUCAUCAAUCAUCCCGAAGCCGCGUGGAUUCUCGACGAUAUCUACCGCACCGUUGCCACAAAGGAGCACAAGGCCAUUUUGCUGCGGGAAUGGUACGGGCCACAAUUCAGCAUCAAGGAACUGACCAAGGAUACCAAGCCCACCGCGGAUCUGAAGGAGAUUCUCGCGGCGGAGCCCAGCAAGCGCGGGCCCAUCAGAAAGACUCUGUUGGAUAUGGUCAACUCGCUUGUCCAGAAGCGCAUGACUGGCUUCACCAUGCUCCACGACGCCAUGCUGCAGUACUUUCUCACGACGCAGCCGGGAAGUGAAGAGUUUAGCGAGUUUGCCGAAAUGGUCAAGGGAGAUGAGUCUGGAGAUUUGCUCAAAAACAUGGCCUUUACCAAGUCUGGCGCGCGGCUCUCGUGUAUGCUGCUAGCCUACGGCUCCGCCAAGGACAGGAAGCAAUAUCUCAAGGUGUACAAGGACACGCUGGUUCUCAUGUCUGGCGACCAAUAUGCCCACCUGGUCAUCUUGACAGCUUACGACGUCAUUGACGACACCAAACUCACAGCCAAGUCAAUAUUCCCAGAGUUGAUUGGCGAAAACGAGGACGAGCAAGCGCAAAAUAUUGUCGGAACCGCCAACAACCCCAACGCCAGAACAACUUUUCUCUACUUGUUUGAAGGCCUUUCAAAAUCUUUGUUCCCUGCCAGCCACUCAUUUGACAUUGAAGUCUUGAAAGAGGUGCACGAGAUUCGCAAGACAACUAGCAAAAAGGACGAGGAUAUCCGACAGCAAGAGCUCAUUGCCGCUCUCUCACCACAGCUACUCUCCGUCAUGGAAAAAGUCGCCUCCGAUUUGACAUCCACCGCCUUUGGAUGCCAGUUCAUCACCGACGCUCUUCUGUCGGGUACUGGUGACAAGACCAAAGUCCUCGAAGCCAUUGCCCAGUCGGCGGCGGGCGAUCCCAAGGAAGCGUCUAGUGAAGAAGACGGCAUCAAUGCUGUUCCUCACAUUUCAGCCACGCCUUUUGGUGGCCGCAUGCUCAAGUCUCUGAUCCAAGGGGGUAGAUUCGACAAGGCAGCUGGCAAGAUCAUCCCCGCCGACCCUCCACUCAACUUUGCCGAUACUCUGUACCCAGUUAUCAAGGACUACGUUAUCGACUGGGCCACAGGACCGAGCUCCUUUGUUGUAGUUGGUCUCAUGGAGUCGAGUGAUUUUGGCAAUACUGAUGAAUUGAAGAAGACGCUCAAGAAGAACAAAAAGGUGUUGGAAAAGGCUGCUUCGGAGAUGACACCGGAGCAAAAGGCCGCCAGGGAGGCUCAAGAGGAGAAGGCGGACAAGGGUAGUAAGAAGGGUAAGAAGAGAUCGGACGGGCCAGUUGGUAAUGCUGGCAGCAAACUAUUGUUGGAGAAGCUGUGA